CACUGGGGUUAAGAGAAGGAGAUCUCCUGUAGCAGACAGUCCCGGUCCCCCAACCUUUGCAUCUGGAGGGUUUAUAGAACUAAAGAUGGAGUCAAAUGUGGCAGAAAAUGGCCAAUCCAGCAGUGUUGUGGCUGGUGUGUUUCUUGAGAAGACCAAAGAAACACUCACCAUAUACCAAGCAAUGAAGAAACGUCUGCUGAAACCAGGAGCAUGUCAAGCUCUCCUAGAGGCUCAGGCUGCUACAGUCGGCAUAGUGGAUGCCAUUAAUAACAAGAAGUUUUCGGUGGAGGAAGCUGUGAACAAUGGCAUAGUUGGGCCAGAGAUGAAAGAGAAACUUCUGUUUGCUGAGAAAGCCCUUGUAGGCUACACAGAUCCAUACACCAAUGAAGCCAUCUCGGUUUUUCAAGCAAUUCAGAAGAAUGUCAUUCCCUGUGAUGUUGGAGCGAGGCUGCUGGAGGCUCAAGCAGCAACAGCAGGUAUUUAUGACCCUGUUGAGAAGACCUUUAUUUCAGUAGAGUCAGCGAGUAAGAAGGGGUACUAUGACAAAGAUCUUCUAGACAGUCAAGAAGAAGCCCUGAAAGUGUUCAACGAUCCAAUCUCACAAGAACAACUUAACUACAAGCAACUACUGAAAAAGUGUACGGUAGAUACUGGAAGUGGAUUGCAUCUCCUACCCAUUUGCAUUACCUUUAAAGGACUGCGCAGAGCAGUAUCUUCUACGGAGCUCCUGGCAUCAAAAAUCAUUGACAAGGACACGUAUGACAACCUUCAAAAAGGCCAAACUACCACCCAAGAUGUGAUGCUCAUGGAGACCGUGAAAGAAUACUUGGAAGGAAAAGGAAGCAUUGCUGGUCUUGCACUGAUGUCAUCUGGCAAAAGGAUGAGCAUCUACCAAGCCAUGAAAGAGGGCAUCCUCAUGCCUGGAACAGCACUGAUUCUUUUGGAGGCGCAAGCUGCAACUGGAUUCUUGAUUGAUCCUGUCAAAAAUAAAAAGUACAGUGUGGAUGAUGCUGUCCGAGAUAGGAUUGUUGGUCCAGAGUAUCACACCAAAUUGCUUUCUGCUGAACGGGCUGUCACUGGCUAUAAAGACCCCUACACUGGUAAUAUAAUAUCCUUAUUUCAGGCGCUAUCAAAGGAGCUCAUCAUAAAGGAGCAUGGAAUCAGACUGCUGGAAGCUCAGAUUGCUACAGGAGGACUAAUUGACCCAAUAAACAGUCAUCGACUGCCAGUGGAUGUUGCCUAUGAGAGAGGUCUGUUUAAUGAGGAAAUGAAUGCCAUUCUAGAGGACCCUGGCGACGACACCAAGGGGUUCUUUGACCCAAACACAAAGGAAAAUCUGACCUAUUUGCAGCUGAUGGAACGCAGUGUCAUUGACCCAGCCACUGGACUCUGUCUUCUGCCAAUCAAAUCAGAGUCUGGUGGCUUAAACUACACAUUCAUUGACUAUGAAACCAAACUGACUUUUAAGGAAGUCAUGGUGACAGUCACCUAUGGCAAAUAUAUGGGAAUGAAGACCUCACUUUGGGAACUAAUGAUGUCAGAGUACCUCAGUGAAAAACAACGGAGAGAUAUCAUUCAACAGUACCGUGAGAGGACACUCACAAUUCAGGUUGUCAUUACAAAGGUGCUUGAGAUCAUUGAACAUUCAGUAAAGUCAGCCAAGAUUACAUUUGAAGGAAUAAGAGAAACCGUCACAGCAGAACAACUGGUAGAGGCUGACAUUAUUACCAAAAAUGUCCUUCAACAACUAAGCACAGGGAAAAAAACUACCACCGACAUUAUGAAGGAGGAGGAGGUGAAGACAUACCUACAAGGAAAAUCAAGCAUUGCUGGAAUUUUGCUACCAGACUCACAGAUAAUGUCCAUAUAUCAAGCCCAAACAAAAGGUAAACUAAGACCUGGAACCAGUCUCAUUCUGCUUGAAGCUCAGGCAGCUACAGGUUUUGUAAUUGAUCCAGUCUCAAACAAAAAAUUCUCAGUGAAAGAUGCUGUAAAAAAUAAAGUAGUGGGACCAGAGCUUCAAGCAAAGCUACUCUCAGCAGAAAGAGCAGUGACAGGCUACAAAAAUCCACACGAUGGCAAGACAAUCUCUUUAUUUCAGGCCAUGCAGAAAGAUCUCAUCGUAAAAGAUCAUGGUAUUCGCCUGCUGGAGGCACAGAUUGCAACAGGGGGGAUCAUUGACCCCAUAAAUAGUCAUCGCAUUCCAGUCCAUGUGGCAUAUAAAAGGGGAUACUUUAAUGUGGAGAUGAAUCAGAUACUCAGUGAUCCUACAGAUGACACAAAAGGGUUCUUUGACCCAAACACUCAGGAGAAUCUGACCUACCUGGAGCUCAUGGACAGGUGUGUUAUUGACUUUAACACAGGCCUCUGCCUCUUGCCUCUGAAAGGGAAGGAUCACAGGGUGAAUAUACAGGAACAUACAAAGACAUUCAAAAAGACAUAUGUCAGUGUAAAAUAUGGCCGGUUCAAAAAUAAACAGGUCACACUUUGGGAACUUCUGAACUCUGAGUAUUUGUCAGAGGACAAAAGACAGGACCUGCUCAAACUUUACAAGUCAAGACAGAUUACCAUUGAGAAAAUAAUCACUUUGAUUGUGGAAAUGAUCAAGACCAAAGAGGGUAAGAAGGAGCCAAGUUUACAUUUUGCAACUCUGAGGAGCACCAUCAGUGUUUCAGCACUCAAAGAUGCAGGAGUUCUUGGAGAUGAAACAUAUGAAGCUCUAAUUGAGGGGAGGCUAACUCAAGAAGACAUUCUACAGACUGGAACAGUGGCCAAAUACCUGAGAGGGACAAGCUCUAUUGCUGGAGUAAUUCUGCAGCCAUCCAAUCAGAAAAUAGGCAUCUACGAUGCCAAGAGAAAAGGUCUCUUGACUCCUGGGACAGCUUUGUGCCUUCUGGAAGCUCAGGCUGCAACAGGCUACAUCAUUGAUCCGGUGAAAAAUGAAAAACUUACUGUGGACCAGGCUACAAAGCAGCGAGUGAUCGGACCAGAGCUUUAUGAGAAACUCCUAUCAGCAGAGCAGGCAGUGACGGGAUACACAGAUCCCUAUAGUGGCAAGAAAAUUUCACUCUUCCAAGCAAUCCAGAAAGAUCUGAUUCUGAAACAGCAUGGUAUUCGUCUCCUUGAAGCCCAGAUAGCAACAGGCGGUAUAAUUGACCCAAUAUAUUGUAUACAUUUACCCAUUGAGGUGGCGUACAAAAGGGGUUAUUUUGAUGCUGAUAUGAAUAAGACUCUGACAGACCCCACUGAUGACACAAAAGGGUUUUUUGACCCAAACACACACAAGAACAUGACCUACAUGGAGUUGUUGCAGCAGUGCACCACAGACCCACAGACGGGGUUCCUUCUCUUGCCACUGAAGAAAAAAGGAGAAGCUGAAGAACAAACACAAAAGGUGAAAUCCAUGGAAAAAAUGAAAAGAGAUUUUGAGAAGCACCUGGUGAAUAUCUCUAUUGGCCAAUACUCUGGCAAAUGCAUUUCACUGUGGGAGUUACUUCACUCAGAAUACUUCAACGACUACGAAAGGCAGAAGAUUCUGGAAAAGUAUGGAAUGUCUUCGAUAACUAUUCAGCAGAUUGUUACACAGGUCACAACAACAAUUGAAACUACUGAACGGAGCAACACAAAUCUGCUUACAGAUGAGGAAAUUGAGAACAUUUUCAAACUAAAGUCCAUACAUCUCAAGGCUGGGAAAUUGGCAGGGAAGCAAGUGACAGUGUGGGAACUUCUGCACUCAGAAUACAUAUCUGUCAAAAAGAGAACUCAAUUAAUACUUGACAUCAAAGAGAGACGACUCACAAUUGAGGAAAUAGUUGUUCUAGUGACUGCAAUUGUAGAAGAGGCGACUACAGAGAAACAUAAGUUUAAAGGAUUAAGAAAACAAGUUUCUGCAAGCCAACUGUUUGAAUCAAAAAUUAUAUCAAAAGAUGUCUUAGAUCAGAUCAUAAAAGGUGAAAUCACAGAUGAAGACCUGAUUGAAAUGGACUCAAUUAAAAAAUAUCUCACUGUAACAAACAGCAUUGCAGGGGUAAGAAUUGAGUCAACAAAACAGAUCAUGAGCAUCUAUGAGGCCAAAGCCAAAGGACUGCUGACAACUGGAACAUCUCUGGUCCUGCUGGAAGCUCAGGCUGCCACUGGCUUUGUCAUUGACCCAGUCAACAACAGAAAACUGUCUGUAGAGGAGGCAGUUACUGCAGGUGUGGUGGGUGCAGAAUGGAAGGCAAAACUGCUGUCAGCAGAAAGGGCUGUCACUGGCUACAAUGAUCCUUACACUGGCGGAACCAUCUCCCUGUUCCAGGCCUUGAAAAAAGAUCUUAUAGUCAAAGAUCAUGGAAUUCGCCUUCUUGAGGCACAGAUAGCCACUGGUGGAAUUAUUGACCCAGUUCACAGCCAUCGAGUGCCCAUAGAGGUCGCCUACCAGAGGGGCUACUUUGAUGAGGAAAUUAACCAGAUCCUGUUAGAUCCAGAUGAUGACACAAAGGGUUUCUUUGAUCCAAACACUAAGGAAAACCUUACUUAUUUGCAACUAAUAGAGAGGUGUGUGAUUGACCCAACCACAGGACUCAGCCUGCUUGCAAUAGUGAAAAAAGGAGAAUUCUACUUCUUUAUUGAUGAAAAUACAAAGACAAUUCUAAAGUCAACAAUAACAAAAAAAGCAAAGGGUAAAUUUAGAGGACAUGAGGUGUCUCUGUGGGAACUCCUUUACUCCAUGUACAUCACUGAGGAGAAACGGAGAGAUCUUGUGCAGCAGUACAAAAAUGGAGCAAUUACAAUUGAAUACUUUAUGGAACAGGUACUGACAAUCAUUCAAAACAAAACCUCCUCAACAAAAACUGAACAAAAAGAAGAAAAGUCUACAUCUCAAAGCACAAAGACAACAACUAUCACUACAACAACAACUAAAUCAUUCCAUGGAAUUAGGAAGGAUGUGACAGCUGAUGAGCUGUUGCAGUCCAAAAUCAUUGGCAAGGACCUUUAUAAUGACCUCAGUGCUGGCAAAGUCACUGUGGACCAUGUGAGUGAAAUGGACUCUGUGCGCAGGUACCUGCAAGGCACUAACAGCAUUGCUGGAGUCUAUGUUCAAUCCACUAAAGAAACUCUAAGCAUUUCUGAGGCCAAAACCAAAGGACUGCUGACACCUGGAACAUCUCUUGUUCUGCUGGAAGCUCAAGCUGCAACUGGUUUUGUCAUUGACCCAGUCAACAACAGGAAGUUGUCGGUGGAGGAAGCCGCUGCUGCAGGCGUGAUCGGGUUGGAAUGGAAGAGCAAACUGCUAUCAGCAGAGAGGGCCGUCACUGGCUACACAGACCCUUACACUGGCGGCACAAUCUCUCUGUUCCAGGCCUUGAAGAAAGACCUUAUUGUAAAGGAUCACGGCAUACGUCUACUGGAGGCUCAAAUUGCUACAGGUGGGAUCAUCGAUCCAGUAUACAGCCAUCGAGUGCCAGUAGAAGUGGCCUACCAGAGGGGCUACUUUGAUGAAGAAAUGAACCAGAUCCUCUUAGAUCCAGAUGAUGACACCAAGGGCUUCUUUGAUCCCAACACCAAGGAGAACCUCACAUAUCUGCAGCUGGUAGAGAGGUGUGUGAGAGAUCCUGUCACAGGACUCAGCCUGCUUGUAAUUGCAAAAAAAGGAGAGUUUUACUUUUUCGUUGAUGAACACACAAAGACCAUUCUCAAGUCCACCACCACAACAAAGGCAGGAGGCAAGUUCUCUGGACAGACAGCUUCGCUGUGGGAGCUCCUUUACUCCAUGUACAUCACUGAGGAGAAACGGAGAGAUCUUGUGCAGCAGUACAAAAAUGGAGCAAUUACAAUUGAAUACUUUAUGGAACAGGUACUGACAAUCAUUCAAAACAAAACCUCCUCAACAAAAACUGAACAAAAAGAAGAAAAGUCUACGUCUCAAAGCACAAAGACAACAACUAUCACUACAACAACAACUAAAUCAUUCCAUGGAAUUAGGAAGGAUGUGACAGCUGAUGAGCUGUUGCAGUCCAAAAUCAUUGGCAAGGACCUUUAUGAUGACCUCAGUGCUGGCAAAGUCACUGUGGACCAUGUGAGUGAAAUGGACUCUGUGCGCAGGUACCUGCAAGGCACUAACAGCAUUGCUGGAGUCUAUGUUCAAUCCACUAAAGAAACUCUAAGCAUUUCUGAGGCCAAAACCAAAGGACUGCUGACACCUGGAACAUCUCUUGUUCUGCUGGAAGCUCAAGCUGCAACUGGUUUUAUCAUUGACCCAGUCAACAACAGGAAGUUGUCGGUGGAGGAAGCCGCUGCUGCAGGCGUGAUCGGGUUGGAAUGGAAGAGCAAACUGCUAUCAGCAGAGAGGGCCGUCACUGGCUACACAGACCCUUACACUGGCGGCACAAUCUCUCUGUUCCAGGCCUUGAAGAAAGACCUUAUUGUAAAGGAUCACGGCAUACGUCUACUGGAGGCUCAAAUUGCUACAGGUGGGAUCAUCGAUCCAGUAUACAGCCAUCGAGUGCCAGUAGAAGUGGCCUACCAGAGGGGCUACUUUGAUGAAGAAAUGAACCAGAUCCUCUUAGAUCCAGAUGAUGACACCAAGGGCUUCUUUGAUCCCAACACCAAGGAGAACCUCACAUAUCUGCAGCUGGUAGAGAGGUGUGUGAGAGAUCCUGUCACAGGACUCAGCCUGCUUGUAAUUGCAAAAAAAGGAGAGUUUUACUUUUUCGUUGAUGAACACACAAAGACCAUUCUCAAGUCCACCACCACAACAAAGGCAGGAGGCAAGUUCUCUGGACAGACAGCUUCGCUGUGGGAGCUCCUUUACUCCAUGUACAUCACUGAGGAGAAACGGAGAGAUCUUGUGCAGCAGUACAAAAAUGGAGCAAUUACAAUUGAAUACUUUAUGGAACAGGUACUGACAAUCAUUCAAAACAAAACCUCCUCAACAAAAACUGAACAAAAAGAAGAAAAGUCUACAUCUCAAAGCACAAAGACAACAACUAUCACUACAACAACAACUAAAUCAUUCCAUGGAAUUAGGAAGGAUGUGACAGCUGAUGAGCUGUUGCAGUCCAAAAUCAUUGGCAAGGACCUUUAUAAUGACCUCAGUGCUGGCAAAGUCACUGUGGACCAUGUGAGUGAAAUGGACUCUGUGCGCAGGUACCUGCAAGGCACUAACAGCAUUGCUGGAGUCUAUGUUCAAUCCACUAAAGAAACUCUAAGCAUUUCUGAGGCCAAAACCAAAGGACUGCUGACACCUGGAACAUCUCUUGUUCUGCUGGAAGCUCAAGCUGCAACUGGUUUUGUCAUUGACCCAGUCAACAACAGGAAGUUGUCGGUGGAGGAAGCCGCUGCUGCAGGCGUGAUCGGGUUGGAAUGGAAGAGCAAACUGCUAUCAGCAGAGAGGGCCGUCACUGGCUACACAGACCCUUACACUGGCGGCACAAUCUCUCUGUUCCAGGCCUUGAAGAAAGACCUUAUUGUAAAGGAUCACGGCAUACGUCUACUGGAGGCUCAAAUUGCUACAGGUGGGAUCAUCGAUCCAGUAUACAGCCAUCGAGUGCCAGUAGAAGUGGCCUACCAGAGGGGCUACUUUGAUGAAGAAAUGAACCAGAUCCUCUUAGAUCCAGAUGAUGACACCAAGGGCUUCUUUGAUCCCAACACCAAGGAGAACCUCACAUAUCUGCAGCUGGUAGAGAGGUGUGUGAGAGAUCCUGUCACAGGACUCAGCCUGCUUGUAAUUGCAAAAAAAGGAGAGUUUUACUUUUUCGUUGAUGAACACACAAAGACCAUUCUCAAGUCCACCACCACAACAAAGGCAGGAGGCAAGUUCUCUGGACAGACAGCUUCGCUGUGGGAGCUCCUUUACUCCAUGUACAUCACUGAGGAGAAACGGAGAGAUCUUGUGCAGCAGUACAAAAAUGGAGCAAUUACAAUUGAAUACUUUAUGGAACAGGUACUGACAAUCAUUCAAAACAAAACCUCCUCAACAAAAACUGAACAAAAAGAAGAAAAGUCUACGUCUCAAAGCACAAAGACAACAACUAUCACUACAACAACAACUAAAUCAUUCCAUGGAAUUAGGAAGGAUGUGACAGCUGAUGAGCUGUUGCAGUCCAAAAUCAUUGGCAAGGACCUUUAUGAUGACCUCAGUGCUGGCAAAGUCACUGUGGACCAUGUGAGUGAAAUGGACUCUGUGCGCAGGUACCUGCAAGGCACUAACAGCAUUGCUGGAGUCUAUGUUCAAUCCACUAAAGAAACUCUAAGCAUUUCUGAGGCCAAAACCAAAGGACUGCUGACACCUGGAACAUCUCUUGUUCUGCUGGAAGCUCAAGCUGCAACUGGUUUUAUCAUUGACCCAGUCAACAACAGGAAGUUGUCGGUGGAGGAAGCCGCUGCUGCAGGCGUGAUCGGGUUGGAAUGGAAGAGCAAACUGCUAUCAGCAGAGAGGGCCGUCACUGGCUACACAGACCCUUACACUGGCGGCACAAUCUCUCUGUUCCAGGCCUUGAAGAAAGACCUUAUUGUAAAGGAUCACGGCAUACGUCUACUGGAGGCUCAAAUUGCUACAGGUGGGAUCAUCGAUCCAGUAUACAGCCAUCGAGUGCCAGUAGAAGUGGCCUACCAGAGGGGCUACUUUGAUGAAGAAAUGAACCAGAUCCUCUUAGAUCCAGAUGAUGACACCAAGGGCUUCUUUGAUCCCAACACCAAGGAGAACCUCACAUAUCUGCAGCUGGUAGAGAGGUGUGUGAGAGAUCCUGUCACAGGACUCAGCCUGCUUGUAAUUGCAAAAAAAGGAGAGUUUUACUUUUUCGUUGAUGAACACACAAAGACCAUUCUCAAGUCCACCACCACAACAAAGGCAGGAGGCAAGUUCUCUGGACAGACAGCUUCGCUGUGGGAGCUCCUUUACUCCAUGUACAUCACUGAGGAGAAACGGAGAGAUCUUGUGCAGCAGUACAAAAAUGGAGCAAUUACAAUUGAAUACUUUAUGGAACAGGUACUGACAAUCAUUCAAAACAAAACCUCCUCAACAAAAACUGAACAAAAAGAAGAAAAGUCUACGUCUCAAAGCACAAAGACAACAACUAUCACUACAACAACAACUAAAUCAUUCCAUGGAAUUAGGAAGGAUGUGACAGCUGAUGAGCUGUUGCAGUCCAAAAUCAUUGGCAAGGACCUUUAUGAUGACCUCAGUGCUGGCAAAGUCACUGUGGACCAUGUGAGUGAAAUGGACUCUGUGCGCAGGUACCUGCAAGGCACUAACAGCAUUGCUGGAGUCUAUGUUCAAUCCACUAAAGAAACUCUAAGCAUUUCUGAGGCCAAAACCAAAGGACUGCUGACACCUGGAACAUCUCUUGUUCUGCUGGAAGCUCAAGCUGCAACUGGUUUUAUCAUUGACCCAGUCAACAACAGGAAGUUGUCGGUGGAGGAAGCCGCUGCUGCAGGCGUGAUCGGGUUGGAAUGGAAGAGCAAACUGCUAUCAGCAGAGAGGGCCGUCACUGGCUACACAGACCCUUACACUGGCGGCACAAUCUCUCUGUUCCAGGCCUUGAAGAAAGACCUUAUUGUAAAGGAUCACGGCAUACGUCUACUGGAGGCUCAAAUUGCUACAGGUGGGAUCAUCGAUCCAGUAUACAGCCAUCGAGUGCCAGUAGAAGUGGCCUACCAGAGGGGCUACUUUGAUGAAGAAAUGAACCAGAUCCUCUUAGAUCCAGAUGAUGACACCAAGGGCUUCUUUGAUCCCAACACCAAGGAGAACCUCACAUAUCUGCAGCUGGUAGAGAGGUGUGUGAGAGAUCCUGUCACAGGACUCAGCCUGCUUGUAAUUGCAAAAAAAGGAGAGUUUUACUUUUUCGUUGAUGAACACACAAAGACCAUUCUCAAGUCCACCACCACAACAAAGGCAGGAGGCAAGUUCUCUGGACAGACAGCUUCGCUGUGGGAGCUCCUUUACUCCAUGUACAUCACUGAGGAGAAACGGAGAGAUCUUGUGCAGCAGUACAAAAAUGGAGCAAUUACAAUUGAAUACUUUAUGGAACAGGUACUGACAAUCAUUCAAAACAAAACCUCCUCAACAAAAACUGAACAAAAAGAAGAAAAGUCUACGUCUCAAAGCACAAAGACAACAACUAUCACUACAACAACAACUAAAUCAUUCCAUGGAAUUAGGAAGGAUGUGACAGCUGAUGAGCUGUUGCAGUCCAAAAUCAUUGGCAAGGACCUUUAUGAUGACCUCAGUGCUGGCAAAGUCACUGUGGACCAUGUGAGUGAAAUGGACUCUGUGCGCAGGUACCUGCAAGGCACUAACAGCAUUGCUGGAGUCUAUGUUCAAUCCACUAAAGAAACUCUAAGCAUUUCUGAGGCCAAAACCAAAGGACUGCUGACACCUGGAACAUCUCUUGUUCUGCUGGAAGCUCAAGCUGCAACUGGUUUUAUCAUUGACCCAGUCAACAACAGGAAGUUGUCGGUGGAGGAAGCCGCUGCUGCAGGCGUGAUCGGGUUGGAAUGGAAGAGCAAACUGCUAUCAGCAGAGAGGGCCGUCACUGGCUACACAGACCCUUACACUGGCGGCACAAUCUCUCUGUUCCAGGCCUUGAAGAAAGACCUUAUUGUAAAGGAUCACGGCAUACGUCUACUGGAGGCUCAAAUUGCUACAGGUGGGAUCAUCGAUCCAGUAUACAGCCAUCGAGUGCCAGUAGAAGUGGCCUACCAGAGGGGCUACUUUGAUGAAGAAAUGAACCAGAUCCUCUUAGAUCCAGAUGAUGACACCAAGGGCUUCUUUGAUCCCAACACCAAGGAGAACCUCACAUAUCUGCAGCUGGUAGAGAGGUGUGUGAGAGAUCCUGUCACAGGACUCAGCCUGCUUGUAAUUGCAAAAAAAGGAGAGUUUUACUUUUUCGUUGAUGAACACACAAAGACCAUUCUCAAGUCCACCACCACAACAAAGGCAGGAGGCAAGUUCUCUGGACAGACAGCUUCGCUGUGGGAGCUCCUUUACUCCAUGUACAUCACUGAGGAGAAACGGAGAGAUCUUGUGCAGCAGUACAAAAAUGGAGCAAUUACAAUUGAAUACUUUAUGGAACAGGUACUGACAAUCAUUCAAAACAAAACCUCCUCAACAAAAACUGAACAAAAAGAAGAAAAGUCUACGUCUCAAAGCACAAAGACAACAACUAUCACUACAACAACAACUAAAUCAUUCCAUGGAAUUAGGAAGGAUGUGACAGCUGAUGAGCUGUUGCAGUCCAAAAUCAUUGGCAAGGACCUUUAUGAUGACCUCAGUGCUGGCAAAGUCACUGUGGACCAUGUGAGUGAAAUGGACUCUGUGCGCAGGUACCUGCAAGGCACUAACAGCAUUGCUGGAGUCUAUGUUCAAUCCACUAAAGAAACUCUAAGCAUUUCUGAGGCCAAAACCAAAGGACUGCUGACACCUGGAACAUCUCUUGUUCUGCUGGAAGCUCAAGCUGCAACUGGUUUUAUCAUUGACCCAGUCAACAACAGGAAGUUGUCGGUGGAGGAAGCCGCUGCUGCAGGCGUGAUCGGGUUGGAAUGGAAGAGCAAACUGCUAUCAGCAGAGAGGGCCGUCACUGGCUACACAGACCCUUACACUGGCGGCACAAUCUCUCUGUUCCAGGCCUUGAAGAAAGACCUUAUUGUAAAGGAUCACGGCAUACGUCUACUGGAGGCUCAAAUUGCUACAGGUGGGAUCAUCGAUCCAGUAUACAGCCAUCGAGUGCCAGUAGAAGUGGCCUACCAGAGGGGCUACUUUGAUGAAGAAAUGAACCAGAUCCUCUUAGAUCCAGAUGAUGACACCAAGGGCUUCUUUGAUCCCAACACCAAGGAGAACCUCACAUAUCUGCAGCUGGUAGAGAGGUGUGUGAGAGAUCCUGUCACAGGACUCAGCCUGCUUGUAAUUGCAAAAAAAGGAGAGUUUUACUUUUUCGUUGAUGAACACACAAAGACCAUUCUCAAGUCCACCACCACAACAAAGGCAGGAGGCAAGUUCUCUGGACAGACAGCUUCGCUGUGGGAGCUCCUUUACUCCAUGUACAUCACUGAGGAGAAACGGAGAGAUCUUGUGCAGCAGUACAAAAAUGGAGCAAUUACAAUUGAAUACUUUAUGGAACAGGUACUGACAAUCAUUCAAAACAAAACCUCCUCAACAAAAACUGAACAAAAAGAAGAAAAGUCUACGUCUCAAAGCACAAAGACAACAACUAUCACUACAACAACAACUAAAUCAUUCCAUGGAAUUAGGAAGGAUGUGACAGCUGAUGAGCUGUUGCAGUCCAAAAUCAUUGGCAAGGACCUUUAUGAUGACCUCAGUGCUGGCAAAGUCACUGUGGACCAUGUGAGUGAAAUGGACUCUGUGCGCAGGUACCUGCAAGGCACUAACAGCAUUGCUGGAGUCUAUGUUCAAUCCACUAAAGAAACUCUAAGCAUUUCUGAGGCCAAAACCAAAGGACUGCUGACACCUGGAACAUCUCUUGUUCUGCUGGAAGCUCAAGCUGCAACUGGUUUUAUCAUUGACCCAGUCAACAACAGGAAGUUGUCGGUGGAGGAAGCCGCUGCUGCAGGCGUGAUCGGGUUGGAAUGGAAGAGCAAACUGCUAUCAGCAGAGAGGGCCGUCACUGGCUACACAGACCCUUACACUGGCGGCACAAUCUCUCUGUUCCAGGCCUUGAAGAAAGACCUUAUUGUAAAGGAUCACGGCAUACGUCUACUGGAGGCUCAAAUUGCUACAGGUGGGAUCAUCGAUCCAGUAUACAGCCAUCGAGUGCCAGUAGAAGUGGCCUACCAGAGGGGCUACUUUGAUGAAGAAAUGAACCAGAUCCUCUUAGAUCCAGAUGAUGACACCAAGGGCUUCUUUGAUCCCAACACCAAGGAGAACCUCACAUAUCUGCAGCUGGUAGAGAGGUGUGUGAGAGAUCCUGUCACAGGACUCAGCCUGCUUGUAAUUGCAAAAAAAGGAGAGUUUUACUUUUUCGUUGAUGAACACACAAAGACCAUUCUCAAGUCCACCACCACAACAAAGGCAGGAGGCAAGUUCUCUGGACAGACAGCUUCGCUGUGGGAGCUCCUUUACUCCAUGUACAUCACUGAGGAGAAACGGAGAGAUCUUGUGCAGCAGUACAAAAAUGGAGCAAUUACAAUUGAAUACUUUAUGGAACAGGUACUGACAAUCAUUCAAAACAAAACCUCCUCAACAAAAACUGAACAAAAAGAAGAAAAGUCUACGUCUCAAAGCACAAAGACAACAACUAUCACUACAACAACAACUAAAUCAUUCCAUGGAAUUAGGAAGGAUGUGACAGCUGAUGAGCUGUUGCAGUCCAAAAUCAUUGGCAAGGACCUUUAUGAUGACCUCAGUGCUGGCAAAGUCACUGUGGACCAUGUGAGUGAAAUGGACUCUGUGCGCAGGUACCUGCAAGGCACUAACAGCAUUGCUGGAGUCUAUGUUCAAUCCACUAAAGAAACUCUAAGCAUUUCUGAGGCCAAAACCAAAGGACUGCUGACACCUGGAACAUCUCUUGUUCUGCUGGAAGCUCAAGCUGCAACUGGUUUUAUCAUUGACCCAGUCAACAACAGGAAGUUGUCGGUGGAGGAAGCCGCUGCUGCAGGCGUGAUCGGGUUGGAAUGGAAGAGCAAACUGCUAUCAGCAGAGAGGGCCGUCACUGGCUACACAGACCCUUACACUGGCGGCACAAUCUCUCUGUUCCAGGCCUUGAAGAAAGACCUUAUUGUAAAGGAUCACGGCAUACGUCUACUGGAGGCUCAAAUUGCUACAGGUGGGAUCAUCGAUCCAGUAUACAGCCAUCGAGUGCCAGUAGAAGUGGCCUACCAGAGGGGCUACUUUGAUGAAGAAAUGAACCAGAUCCUCUUAGAUCCAGAUGAUGACACCAAGGGCUUCUUUGAUCCCAACACCAAGGAGAACCUCACAUAUCUGCAGCUGGUAGAGAGGUGUGUGAGAGAUCCUGUCACAGGACUCAGCCUGCUUGUAAUUGCAAAAAAAGGAGAGUUUUACUUUUUCGUUGAUGAACACACAAAGACCAUUCUCAAGUCCACCACCACAACAAAGGCAGGAGGCAAGUUCUCUGGACAGACAGCUUCGCUGUGGGAGCUCCUUUACUCCAUGUACAUCACUGAGGAGAAACGGAGAGAUCUUGUGCAGCAGUACAAAAAUGGAGCAAUUACAAUUGAAUACUUUAUGGAACAGGUACUGACAAUCAUUCAAAACAAAACCUCCUCAACAAAAACUGAACAAAAAGAAGAAAAGUCUACGUCUCAAAGCACAAAGACAACAACUAUCACUACAACAACAACUAAAUCAUUCCAUGGAAUUAGGAAGGAUGUGACAGCUGAUGAGCUGUUGCAGUCCAAAAUCAUUGGCAAGGACCUUUAUGAUGACCUCAGUGCUGGCAAAGUCACUGUGGACCAUGUGAGUGAAAUGGACUCUGUGCGCAGGUACCUGCAAGGCACUAACAGCAUUGCUGGAGUCUAUGUUCAAUCCACUAAAGAAACUCUAAGCAUUUCUGAGGCCAAAACCAAAGGACUGCUGACACCUGGAACAUCUCUUGUUCUGCUGGAAGCUCAAGCUGCAACUGGUUUUAUCAUUGACCCAGUCAACAACAGGAAGUUGUCGGUGGAGGAAGCCGCUGCUGCAGGCGUGAUCGGGUUGGAAUGGAAGAGCAAACUGCUAUCAGCAGAGAGGGCCGUCACUGGCUACACAGACCCUUACACUGGCGGCACAAUCUCUCUGUUCCAGGCCUUGAAGAAAGACCUUAUUGUAAAGGAUCACGGCAUACGUCUACUGGAGGCUCAAAUUGCUACAGGUGGGAUCAUCGAUCCAGUAUACAGCCAUCGAGUGCCAGUAGAAGUGGCCUACCAGAGGGGCUACUUUGAUGAAGAAAUGAACCAGAUCCUCUUAGAUCCAGAUGAUGACACCAAGGGCUUCUUUGAUCCCAACACCAAGGAGAACCUCACAUAUCUGCAGCUGGUAGAGAGGUGUGUGAGAGAUCCUGUCACAGGACUCAGCCUGCUUGUAAUUGCAAAAAAAGGAGAGUUUUACUUUUUCGUUGAUGAACACACAAAGACCAUUCUCAAGUCCACCACCACAACAAAGGCAGGAGGCAAGUUCUCUGGACAGACAGCUUCGCUGUGGGAGCUCCUUUACUCCAUGUACAUCACUGAGGAGAAACGGAGAGAUCUUGUGCAGCAGUACAAAAAUGGAGCAAUUACAAUUGAAUACUUUAUGGAACAGGUACUGACAAUCAUUCAAAACAAAACCUCCUCAACAAAAACUGAACAAAAAGAAGAAAAGUCUACGUCUCAAAGCACAAAGACAACAACUAUCACUACAACAACAACUAAAUCAUUCCAUGGAAUUAGGAAGGAUGUGACAGCUGAUGAGCUGUUGCAGUCCAAAAUCAUUGGCAAGGACCUUUAUGAUGACCUCAGUGCUGGCAAAGUCACUGUGGACCAUGUGAGUGAAAUGGACUCUGUGCGCAGGUACCUGCAAGGCACUAACAGCAUUGCUGGAGUCUAUGUUCAAUCCACUAAAGAAACUCUAAGCAUUUCUGAGGCCAAAACCAAAGGACUGCUGACACCUGGAACAUCUCUUGUUCUGCUGGAAGCUCAAGCUGCAACUGGUUUUAUCAUUGACCCAGUCAACAACAGGAAGUUGUCGGUGGAGGAAGCCGCUGCUGCAGGCGUGAUCGGGUUGGAAUGGAAGAGCAAACUGCUAUCAGCAGAGAGGGCCGUCACUGGCUACACAGACCCUUACACUGGCGGCACAAUCUCUCUGUUCCAGGCCUUGAAGAAAGACCUUAUUGUAAAGGAUCACGGCAUACGUCUACUGGAGGCUCAAAUUGCUACAGGUGGGAUCAUCGAUCCAGUAUACAGCCAUCGAGUGCCAGUAGAAGUGGCCUACCAGAGGGGCUACUUUGAUGAAGAAAUGAACCAGAUCCUCUUAGAUCCAGAUGAUGACACCAAGGGCUUCUUUGAUCCCAACACCAAGGAGAACCUCACAUAUCUGCAGCUGGUAGAGAGGUGUGUGAGAGAUCCUGUCACAGGACUCAGCCUGCUUGUAAUUGCAAAAAAAGGAGAGUUUUACUUUUUCGUUGAUGAACACACAAAGACCAUUCUCAAGUCCACCACCACAACAAAGGCAGGAGGCAAGUUCUCUGGACAGACAGCUUCGCUGUGGGAGCUCCUUUACUCCAUGUACAUCACUGAGGAGAAACGGAGAGAUCUUGUGCAGCAGUACAAAAAUGGAGCAAUUACAAUUGAAUACUUUAUGGAACAGGUACUGACAAUCAUUCAAAACAAAACCUCCUCAACAAAAACUGAACAAAAAGAAGAAAAGUCUACGUCUCAAAGCACAAAGACAACAACUAUCACUACAACAACAACUAAAUCAUUCCAUGGAAUUAGGAAGGAUGUGACAGCUGAUGAGCUGUUGCAGUCCAAAAUCAUUGGCAAGGACCUUUAUGAUGACCUCAGUGCUGGCAAAGUCACUGUGGACCAUGUGAGUGAAAUGGACUCUGUGCGCAGGUACCUGCAAGGCACUAACAGCAUUGCUGGAGUCUAUGUUCAAUCCACUAAAGAAACUCUAAGCAUUUCUGAGGCCAAAACCAAAGGACUGCUGACACCUGGAACAUCUCUUGUUCUGCUGGAAGCUCAAGCUGCAACUGGUUUUAUCAUUGACCCAGUCAACAACAGGAAGUUGUCGGUGGAGGAAGCCGCUGCUGCAGGCGUGAUCGGGUUGGAAUGGAAGAGCAAACUGCUAUCAGCAGAGAGGGCCGUCACUGGCUACACAGACCCUUACACUGGCGGCACAAUCUCUCUGUUCCAGGCCUUGAAGAAAGACCUUAUUGUAAAGGAUCACGGCAUACGUCUACUGGAGGCUCAAAUUGCUACAGGUGGGAUCAUCGAUCCAGUAUACAGCCAUCGAGUGCCAGUAGAAGUGGCCUACCAGAGGGGCUACUUUGAUGAAGAAAUGAACCAGAUCCUCUUAGAUCCAGAUGAUGACACCAAGGGCUUCUUUGAUCCCAACACCAAGGAGAACCUCACAUAUCUGCAGCUGGUAGAGAGGUGUGUGAGAGAUCCUGUCACAGGACUCAGCCUGCUUGUAAUUGCAAAAAAAGGAGAGUUUUACUUUUUCGUUGAUGAACACACAAAGACCAUUCUCAAGUCCACCACCACAACAAAGGCAGGAGGCAAGUUCUCUGGACAGACAGCUUCGCUGUGGGAGCUCCUUUACUCCAUGUACAUCACUGAGGAGAAACGGAGAGAUCUUGUGCAGCAGUACAAAAAUGGAGCAAUUACAAUUGAAUACUUUAUGGAACAGGUACUGACAAUCAUUCAAAACAAAACCUCCUCAACAAAAACUGAACAAAAAGAAGAAAAGUCUACGUCUCAAAGCACAAAGACAACAACUAUCACUACAACAACAACUAAAUCAUUCCAUGGAAUUAGGAAGGAUGUGACAGCUGAUGAGCUGUUGCAGUCCAAAAUCAUUGGCAAGGACCUUUAUGAUGACCUCAGUGCUGGCAAAGUCACUGUGGACCAUGUGAGUGAAAUGGACUCUGUGCGCAGGUACCUGCAAGGCACUAACAGCAUUGCUGGAGUCUAUGUUCAAUCCACUAAAGAAACUCUAAGCAUUUCUGAGGCCAAAACCAAAGGACUGCUGACACCUGGAACAUCUCUUGUUCUGCUGGAAGCUCAAGCUGCAACUGGUUUUAUCAUUGACCCAGUCAACAACAGGAAGUUGUCGGUGGAGGAAGCCGCUGCUGCAGGCGUGAUCGGGUUGGAAUGGAAGAGCAAACUGCUAUCAGCAGAGAGGGCCGUCACUGGCUACACAGACCCUUACACUGGCGGCACAAUCUCUCUGUUCCAGGCCUUGAAGAAAGACCUUAUUGUAAAGGAUCACGGCAUACGUCUACUGGAGGCUCAAAUUGCUACAGGUGGGAUCAUCGAUCCAGUAUACAGCCAUCGAGUGCCAGUAGAAGUGGCCUACCAGAGGGGCUACUUUGAUGAAGAAAUGAACCAGAUCCUCUUAGAUCCAGAUGAUGACACCAAGGGCUUCUUUGAUCCCAACACCAAGGAGAACCUCACAUAUCUGCAGCUGGUAGAGAGGUGUGUGAGAGAUCCUGUCACAGGACUCAGCCUGCUUGUAAUUGCAAAAAAAGGAGAGUUUUACUUUUUCGUUGAUGAACACACAAAGACCAUUCUCAAGUCCACCACCACAACAAAGGCAGGAGGCAAGUUCUCUGGACAGACAGCUUCGCUGUGGGAGCUCCUUUACUCCAUGUACAUCACUGAGGAGAAACGGAGAGAUCUUGUGCAGCAGUACAAAAAUGGAGCAAUUACAAUUGAAUACUUUAUGGAACAGGUACUGACAAUCAUUCAAAACAAAACCUCCUCAACAAAAACUGAACAAAAAGAAGAAAAGUCUACGUCUCAAAGCACAAAGACAACAACUAUCACUACAACAACAACUAAAUCAUUCCAUGGAAUUAGGAAGGAUGUGACAGCUGAUGAGCUGUUGCAGUCCAAAAUCAUUGGCAAGGACCUUUAUGAUGACCUCAGUGCUGGCAAAGUCACUGUGGACCAUGUGAGUGAAAUGGACUCUGUGCGCAGGUACCUGCAAGGCACUAACAGCAUUGCUGGAGUCUAUGUUCAAUCCACUAAAGAAACUCUAAGCAUUUCUGAGGCCAAAACCAAAGGACUGCUGACACCUGGAACAUCUCUUGUUCUGCUGGAAGCUCAAGCUGCAACUGGUUUUAUCAUUGACCCAGUCAACAACAGGAAGUUGUCGGUGGAGGAAGCCGCUGCUGCAGGCGUGAUCGGGUUGGAAUGGAAGAGCAAACUGCUAUCAGCAGAGAGGGCCGUCACUGGCUACACAGACCCUUACACUGGCGGCACAAUCUCUCUGUUCCAGGCCUUGAAGAAAGACCUUAUUGUAAAGGAUCACGGCAUACGUCUACUGGAGGCUCAAAUUGCUACAGGUGGGAUCAUCGAUCCAGUAUACAGCCAUCGAGUGCCAGUAGAAGUGGCCUACCAGAGGGGCUACUUUGAUGAAGAAAUGAACCAGAUCCUCUUAGAUCCAGAUGAUGACACCAAGGGCUUCUUUGAUCCCAACACCAAGGAGAACCUCACAUAUCUGCAGCUGGUAGAGAGGUGUGUGAUAGAUCUUAACACAGGUCUGAGUUUACUUAGUCUAAAGAAAUAAAUGAGAGCCAGGAAUGUUCUUUUGACCGGGUCUUUUCAGUUAGGAAAAUUUACCAUGUACUUUUUUCUUAAAUACUCUACUGCAAAUUGUGAGAAGGUCUAUUAUUUACUAAACAUUUGCUAUUAACAUUUGCUAUUUGCCAUUUCAUGUACUAAUUAUAUUUAUUAUAUGUGCCAUAUAUCAGGUCUAAAAGGGCCUCAGAUAAGUCAUUAAUAAUAAAAAAACAAUGUCUAUGAUGUUGAAGGUAAAAAAUAUUGCAACUACUUUAUGUGUUUACAAAAUCUGUUCUUUCUAAUAAUGUAACAUUUUUUUUUAUUUGUAUUUGAUACAUCUGUUAAAUUCUGAGUAAAAUAACUGCAGAAGAUUAUUCAUGAGAUAAAUAAAAAGGUUUUAAUCUGGAAUUGAAUGAAAAUGUAUAUAACUUUAAUGCUGACUUUCUUCAUGCUUUAUGGCAUACUGCUUUGCACAGGGCAAUAAAAGAGAAAAUAAAAUCCUCUGUGUCCUCAUAACUAAAACUAA